AUGAAUCAAACAUUUAUUAAUUUAACAAAUUUACGAUCAGAUACAAAUUUAACAUUAUAUAGAGAAAAUAAUAUUGAAAUUUAUAGUGCAUUUUUUGUACAAACAACAAUAUGUAUUACUGGAGCAAUAUUAAAUAUAAUAAAUGUAAUUGUAUUAAGUCAUAAACAGUUUGAAGCUACACCAUAUUUAUUUAUGACAGCAUUAUCUUUAACUGAUACUGGAAUAUUACUUGUUCAUUUACCAUCUGGUUGGGCAAGAUGUGGAACACAACUUCGAAUAUGUCAAACAGAAACAUAUAAACAAUUUAGGGUUAUAUUAUUAUAUUACGUAACAUAUAUUGGAUUUGGAUUAGGGAAUAUACUUGAAGCUUCAUCUGUGUGGAUAACUGUAUUAAUAUCAGCGGAACGUUACAUUAUUAUGAAAUGGCCACAUUUAGGCAAGUUAUAUUUUGCAAGAUAUCAUGGGAAAUGGCAAGUGUUUAUCACAGUAUGUAUAGCUGUGGUGUUUAAUUUUCCAUUAUUUUUUACAUUGAAAAUCAAUACUUCUGUUAUCCAAGGACCUAAUAAUACAAAGAGACAUUUUCAUUACAGUAAAUUAACAUGGUUCGGACAUUCAACAUACUACCACACGUUUACAUGGAUACGGUUUAUCUGUGUUCAAUGUAUUCCAUUGAUUACAUUGUGUAUCGUUAAUUUUAUGCUUCUACGUUUAACGUGGUCUAGUUAUCAUAACCAGAAAGCACAUCAAUUAAGUCAACAACUUUAUAUGAAACGUUCAUCACUUCCACUGACAUCAGGGAUUGAUGAAAAUAAUGAAACUUGUUGCCAAAGUGUAAAUGAUAUACCUUAUAAUUUACAGAUAAAAUCUCAAGUAAUCUCCAAUUUUACAACCCAAGUAACAAUUUCAAAAGAUAUUGUUGACAACACUACAAUGUAUAGAAAUAACAGUCCAACUCCAACAAUGCGUAUAUCUUUAAGAAACAGACGGUUAGAACGUUCACAACAAGCAAAUAACAAGUUGUCAAUACUAUUAAUGACUGUGAUAUUUUUGUUUAUUAUCGGCCAGAUUCCUCAAGCUUUAGCGUAUGUGCAUAUUUUGGAACUGAUUGUACCAAGAUCUUGCAUAAAAUGUCGACCAUAUUCAGCACUUUAUAAACAUUUUAGUCAGCUGUUAUGUUUAAUUACAUCAACAACUAAUUUCUUUUUGUAUGUUGGUUUGAAUAGAAACUUUCGUGAAUGUCUGACUGGAUUAUGUCAUAUAAGGAGUAAAGACAAAAUUUCCAAACGUUGA